AUGUAUCAUAGACAUGGACAACCCCCAGAACAAAUUAACUUUAAUUCUUCUCGAGAUAAUCUUUAUUUCUUGCUGAGAGAAAGAGAUAGAAACAGAGAAUUACGUGUUGAGUACUAUAGAACUUCACUCAAUUAUCAACUAUCUUCAACUAUCUUUUAUCAACAUUACUAUUUCUUUUCACACUCACUAAAAGCAAAGUAUAAAAUGGGAAAGUGUAAAAUGAUAAUGGCAAAAAUCCGUGAUGUUGACAGGUCUGGUGGCAGUCUUUCAGGAUCAACAUUGCUAUUAUGCUCCACAUACUUCCAAACAUGUUGGGAAGCAUGGUUACAGCUGUAUCGUGCCACGUACGACAAACCAUUCACCGAGUUUGGUCCCUAUCUUCCAAAACACAUCCCUGCCAAGGAGGGACCCGACCAGCCAAAUACACCAAUCGAAUUAAGGCAAAUCUACUCUGCUCUCCAAGCAACCAGACCACCAAAGGUCAACCAAAAGACCGUCGGUCAAAGAGAGAUCGAGGCUCUCUUUGGUACCAACAUCGAGCAAAUAUUUGCCGUCGUGGCAAGCGUCAAAUGCGCGACAGCAAGAGACACCCUCUUUCGUUUCUUUGCCAGAAUAAUGAAACGUACCCCAGCUGACACCAAUACAAUAUGCUACGCAUGCCACACCGUAUUCGAUGGGGAUACACACACAUCUCCAAUCAUACACCAUUUAACUAACCACUAUCUAACAACUACUCCAAAUUAA